AUGGCUACGUUUUCAAGAACGACGUUCGACGCGGCAGCGUACUUGGCGUUUCGACCGUCGUACCCGAAAUGGGUUCACGAAAAGAUCCUCACCUACCACUUCGGUACGCCGUCGUUGCGUUCGCUUGCGAACAACAGGCAAUCCUCCCUAGCGCUUGAUCUGGGAUGUGGACCGGGAAUCUCGACGCUGUCACUGCUACCUCAUUUCGAUCGAGUGGUUGGCAUCGAUCCAUCGUCCAAGAUGGUCUCUGCUGCCAUCACACCCACCACGCCAAACCUACCGUCUCAUCUCCUGCCAUCUCCGUCUGACGGGUCGAAAAACUCGCUCGGUCAGCUCGAGUAUCGUCAAGGCUACAGCGAGCAACUCGACUUCCUGCCCGAUUCCAGUGUAGACCUGGUCACGAGUGGACAGGCAGCACACUGGUUUGACUACCCCGCAUUCUGGAAGACGCUGACUCGGGUGGUGAAACCAGGUGGGAGCGUCUGUCUGUACGGAUACCCGGAUUUCUUCUUGCCGGAGUAUCCUAGUACGAGGACGUUGUUGAACAGGUUCGCGCUCAAAGACGGUUUGGGUCCAGGAUCACCCUCGCUCAACGGCCAGACGCAGGUCGACUCGAUCGGAGAGUACUGGGAACAACCAGGUCGAUCGAUCGUCAACCAAGGUCUCCAACCCGUUCCCUUCCCCACAUCCUUCCCUGAGCUUGCAAAGCACUGGGACGAGGCAACAGCCUUCAAAAGAACCUUCUCCACCGAAGGUCUUGACCGCGAUCAGAUCUGGUCCUCUUGGCCACCCCUAACAACCUCGUCACUCGAAACGACCGGUUUGCCAGAACAAGUACGAACAGAAUUCACCGGUGAACAAGCAGGCAUAACGAUGGACAAGAAGCUGAACUGGGACGAGUUGGCAAAGUACCUCAGGACCUGGUCUGCAACGCACACGUACAUCGAACAGCAUCCAGAGGAGAAGGAGCAAAGAGGUGGGCUGGAUGUGGUGGAUCGCUUCCUGGUGCAGUUGAGGGAAGAGGUGACCAAGCAGAACGGUGGAAAGGAGGUGGAGGAGUUGCAUCUGAGGUGGCCGUUGUGCUUCGUUAUGAUUAAGAAGAAGCAUUAG